AUGAGCUUGUACAGUCUGGCAUUGUCCUGUUUAGUUGCGUGCCUCCUCUCCUCUUCCGUGCGCUGCAGCUCGGUAACCGGGACGGAGACUCAGAGCUCGCCGCAGGAGUCGUGCGCGUCCUGCGGCCUCAGGGCGCCGGAUCAGACGGAGCGGUUGAACAUAGACUUUCUGGAGGCGGUGAAGAGGCACAUACUGAACAGGCUGCAGAUGAGAGACAGACCCAACAUCACCCAUCCCAUCCCGAAGGCGGCGAUGGUGACGGCGCUGAGGAGGCUGCACGCCGGCAAAGUGCGAGAGGACGGCCGGGUGGAGAUCCCCAGCUUUGACGGACAGGCCGCCUUCAACAACGAGGUUCAGGCGGAGACCUCGGAGAUUAUCAGCUUCGCCGAAUCAGAUGGGCACAUGUCCCCCAAGUCUGGUCUGUACUUCCUCAUCUCCAACGAGGGCAACCAGAACCUGUACGUGUCCCAGGCCAACCUGUGGCUGUACUUCCGCGUGCUGCCGGCCGGUCCCGAGAAGGGCCUCCGGAGGAAGGUGACGGUGAAGAUCCACUACCAGGAGGCCGGGACUGCGAGCAGCGCAGAGGGAGGCCCGGGAGGCGGCGGUGGAGGGGGAACGGGCCGCUGGGCGUUGGUGGAGAAGCGGGUGGAUCUGAAACGCAGCGGCUGGCACACCUUCCCCCUCUCGGAGGCGGUGCGGGCCGUGUUUGGGAAAGGCAGCCGGAGGCAGGACCUGGAGGUCCACUGUGAGGGCUGUGAGGCGUCCGGCGUUGUUCCGGUGCUGGUGGACCCGGGCGAUCCGUCCCACCGGCCCUUCCUGGUGGUGCGUGCGCGGCAGGUGGACGGGAAGCACCGCAUUCGCAAGCGGGGGCUGGAGUGUGACGGCACCAGCGGGGGCUUGUGUUGUCGGCAGCAGUUUUACAUAGACUUCCGUCUUAUCGGCUGGAACGACUGGAUCAUCGCACCAGCUGGUUAUUACGGUAACUACUGCGAGGGCAGCUGCCCCGCCUACAUGGCAGGAGUGCCGGGGUCGGCGUCGUCCUUCCACACCGCAGUAGUAAACCAGUACCGCAUGAGAGGGAUGAGCCCGGGCUCAGUCAACUCCUGCUGCAUCCCCACCAAGCUCAGUACUAUGUCCAUGCUCUACUUUGACGAUGAGUACAACAUCGUCAAGAGGGACGUGCCCAACAUGAUCGUGGAGGAGUGCGGCUGUGCUUGAGUCCUCGCUGACUCGCUUCAUUAUCUGAACUCAGAA